AUGGACGCGUGGCAGUUGGACGAGAGCCGGGGGUUCGGCGGUAGCGACAGAGUAUGGAGGCUGAGGAAGGAAGGCGAUGGUUUAACUGUCGGACGAGCCGCCUACUGCGACAUCCAUGUCUUGUCGCAGUCAGUGGAGAAGAAGCACUCGGUCAUAAAGUGGGACGAGAGAAAGGGAAGCUAUGUGAUCCAUGAUCUGGGAUCCUCUAAUGGGACCUUUCUCAAUGACCUGCCACUGAGCAAUGGGGUUGCCACUCUCCGUGACGGAGACACUCUCAGAUUUGGCUAUGAUAAAGGUCAUUUGUUUCACGUGAAGAAGGUCGAAGCACCUCGGUCCACCCCUGCUGGUGCCCCACCCCAUCAAUUCUCCCCUCCUCCCUCUUCCUCCUCCUCCUCCUCAACCCAGACCUCACCUGAAAAACACCACACACUACAGCCACCACCACCACAAGUGACUGGUGGAGUUCAGUAUGUCCCCAUAGCCUCUCCCUCUGCCUCUAUCAUACUGUCACCCGGGCAGCCUUACCUCCUGCAACAGCCAAUCUACACUGCUCAUGUGCCACACAUAGGUCAUGUGACUGGUCACCUGACCACCUCGUCUCCCCUGGUGACCGGCUACGUCGGUCCGUACGGCUCCCCCACUCCGCUCCCCUCCACCCCUCUCCACCUCCUCCCCUCUUACCCACUCACCCCUCACCCUUCGACACACCACAACUGGGACGCUCCUUCGUCAUCAGACACCUCGUUUUCUGCUAAUUUUGUCAAGAGAACUGAAUCCUCAGGGAGAGCAGAGGGGAGUUAUGGGGGCAGUAAGGGAAACAGUGUGGUUGGUGGUAGUGGGGAUAUGACUAGUGGGGGACAGAGAAAGACUGGUGGUGGAGGGGGAAAGAUCGGAGUAUCUUCUUCCGUUACACCUGCUCCUCGGAGUGAUGGCCGAAGAGCCGUUUCACUGAGCUCUGCAAAUAUGCCAAGGCUCUCGGAUGUGAGCAGUCUCUAUGGCAGUCCCAGCUGGUGGGCGGGGGACAACGAAGGGGAAGCCCCAGUUGAUACAAGAGACUCGCCCCGAAAGCCAGCGAAACGCAGCGAGCCUCAGAUCCUGAGGAACAUUUCUCCACCACCGUUGGCACCCUCUGGCUCUUUCCCCACGCGUCCACUCUCAACUAGAGCCACUCCCACCGGGGAAGACGUGGGAGACCUUGAGACAAACGUGAGCUCGGCGUGGACCGUGGCGACCGGGCCCCCUCGACGCUCCAGGGCCGUCCCUCCCAAAUGGAGGAGACACAUCCGCUCUGCCGACUCCUCACCCAUCCGAACACCGCCGACCGGCGAGAGCAAGAACCGCUCCGUGUCUCCUAACGUCACUCCUCUUAGGUCUUCGAGGAACGCCUCUGGUCCUGCGAAGGCCAAGGAGUCCACUCCUCUCUCGCAGAGAAUGACUGCCGGGAAACCUCGCUCCUCCUCCACCUCAUCUGGGUCCAAACAGAGGCCCAGACCGGGCACUUCCCCCGUGAGACGCAUGCCGAGAUCCGGCUCUCUGCGAACGCCGAGGACGCAGCCCGAGACUGGGAGACAAGAGAAACAGAGAGGCCCCAAACAAGAAGACAAGGUGAAGACUGUCGUGGUGGCGCCUCAGUCAACUAGAGCCAGCAGGGCUGAGAGGAACAGCACUACAGCCAUGGCAUUGGAAGACAAGGUCGAAUUGUCUCCUCCACCUCGUACCGACAGCAGCAUACCCAGUGAGUUGAGUGGUGCCGGUGGAGAAGGCGCCGUGGGGAGCCAGAGUGGAGGAAUGCUUGUGGCGUCUGGUGACUCAGAGAAACCAGUGGAUGAGACGUUUGUCGUGAAAAGUCCACCAGACGAGGAAGAGGGGAGGACUGGCUCGGCCAGGAAGACGUGGAGCAGCCAAUCACAGCAGAACAGUCUGGUGAUGGCCAGCAUUGAGGCUAGGAUGAAGAGACUGGACUCCAUGGCUCGCAAAGUGUACCUCUCACUGUCCGCUCUGGAGGAGCAGGAGCAGGGACAGGGACAGGCUGGGCCCUCUCGGGAAACUGUGGUAUGCCCCAGUCCACUGGCACCCACCAUGACCGAGUCUGAGACUCACCACAUGCCAGAGUGGAAGUUCUUUGACAAGGAGGUCGAUAGUAUCUUCAAGAGCAUUAGGUCUGUCGAGAAGUGGCUCAAAGACAUUGAUGUCACAGUCGGCAGACUACAGUCAGAGACAAACAGAACAGGGGGAGGGGAAGGAGAGAGGGGGGGAGAGGAAUUGGAUGGGGAGGGAGAAGAGGAGGGGGAAAGGAGAGACAGAGGAGGGAGUCACUGGGAGCAAACAUGUAGAUUUCCCAGUAUUUUCUGCCUGUACAUCAGAAAGUGAAAGAUCAGAGUUUCAUGACAGCAUUGAGGACGGAGAGCACGGUGGGAUUUCUGACUAAUGUCAAUGUCAAUCUUCAGCAUCACCGAAUCAUUUGGCUGGAAAAUUUUAAUCACCAUUGCUAGUGUUUGUGUAUAAUACAGAAUUUUACUCCAUUCCAACCACAUGCCCAAACUCCAUGCAGUUUCCAUCAGACAAUGGACUAUAACAGUCACACAUCUACAAACUGUUGAAGACUCUAAGUCUACACACGUGUGCUUUAUAGCAGACCCUCGGCC